UUCUUUCAGCCUAGAGCAUUCAGUCCUGUAAGAAUCUUUCUUCUAAUUGCGAGCCUCAUCGUGGUAUACAGUGCUAGUUUUCAUCCAGGUGGAAUUAAAGAUGGAGAAAAAAAGAUGAAAAAUAAAGUCAAAAACGAGCCACGAAGUACUGUUCGUGGAGUAUCAAAAGGCUGGAUAGCUCACGUGCGACGUACGCGGACUAGGAGAAAAUACAAACAUCGAAGUAGGAAUCCAACAACAAAUCCCCCUACAAGGAUCACUAAUAUACCAUCGUUAGGAAAGAAAAUCUGUCGGAACCACACAAGGGUUUCUCGAAUUCAAGACGAGCCUGGACCAGUCGUAUGCUUGCGAAGAACAUCCGAAGAGCUACUGAAACAACUAGAAUCUGCUGGAGGGUUUUUAAAAAGAUAUGUGGCAGUGAACAAAUCAGAUGCAGCCAAGUUUGAAGAUUUGACAACUUUUCAAAACGAAGAAACAAAUACUCCAAAGAAAUCGAAAAAGCUACGUUUCUCGAGAAAAUCUCAAGCAACAAAAUUAAAAUCAGAUUUGCUUCAUCAAAGGGAUGGCCCGACCAGCUCCCCUACCGGCACUGAAAUUCGUCAGUGCGAAGAUCGAGGCACAAAAGUAUAUGAAACUAAUCUUCAUCGAUUAUGCACCGAAUGCUCGGCAACCACGAAUCUCGGCAAAGACAAAUUCCCCAGAUACAUAAAUGAAGUAAUUUGUGACGACGCAGACCAUCAAUGCGCCGCAAAGAUGGGGUUAUGCUUCCAACGGACAUUGCAUUUAUCGUUUUUGAAAUUUGAAGGCGAGUUUGUGGAAGACAAGCUGUUAAGCAUCGUUGUGGGAAAAACUGUUUACAAAGAAGUUUGGGAGUCAUACGCUCAGGAACUAAGGUCUUGCUGUGAAUGUGAGAUGUAUCCUUGGAUUUAUAACCGAAUCGCUUCAAAAGAUGGUGGAGACUCUGACGCUCAAUCCGAUGAGGACGACUCCGAAGCAGGUGAUGAAGAAGAAUUCGAGACAGAUGAUGACGACGAUGAUGAUUCAGUUAUGAGCAAAGAUAGUUGA